AUGCUCAACUCGGCGUCCGCGCUCGUCAUCCUGGCCCUAGGAGCAGUGAUGGUCGCCAUUUUCCUGCACCUCGGCAAGCAAAACGCCAAGAAUGCUCGUCUCCCUCCUGGGCCCAAGCCACACUGGCUGAACGGAACACCAAUUCCAGCUAAAGCGCCGUGGCGAUACUUUUACGACCAGUCGCUCAAGUAUGGUCCACUCGUCACCUUCUGGAUCGGUCGAGACCCUGCUAUUGUGUGCAACGAUGUGGAGACAGCGACCUUCUUCAUGGAGAAGAACGGCCGAGACACUGCGGAUCGACCAAAGGUGAUGGAAGUAUUCUCGAACGGGAAGCGCACUCUCCUUGUAGGCUACAACGAACGCUGGCGCCGCCUCCGUAAGGGACUCCACAACCCGCUUCAGCCCAACGCUGCCCGAGACCUGCGUCCAAUGCAGGAGAAGGGAGCUCGCGAGGUCAUACUUGACAUUCUCGACACGCCACUCGACUUUCAGUCUCACAUCCAGACGUACGCGGCAACGCUCGUAGUCCACAUGGCCUAUGGACGGCAGGACCGCGCUCGCUACUCGGACCCCGACAUUCAAAAAGUCAUCACCGCCUCUGAGCGUAUUGCUGUCUUCCUCAAGCCGGGAUCUUUCAGAAUUCAGCAAUUUCCAUGGCUUCGCCAUGUGCCGGGUUACCUGAGUCAGUUCAGAAAGUGGGCCGACGAGGAGCUCAACCUGUUCCGUAAGCAAUUCUUCGAAGUCAAGGUAAAGGUGGAUGCCAAGAAAAGGGUCGAGCCCUGCUUUGCCACCUAUCUCAUGGCCCACCAACAGGAGUACCAGCUCAACGACGACGACGUUGCGUACCUUCUCGGAAGUGUGUUUGCGGCCGGCAGCGACACCACUUCGUCUGCGCUCAACAUUUGUGUCAUGGCUGCAGCGAUAAACCCCGAGGCGCAGAAACGCGUUCAAGCUGAGCUCGACAGCACCGUGGGCAGCGACCACGUUCCCACCUUUGACGAUCUCGAUGACCUGCCUGUCCUCAAGGCCUUCAUCUCUGAGACAUUCCGUUGGCGUCCGGUUUCGGCUGGCGGUUUCCAACACAGGACAACCAGCGAGCUUAUUUACAAGGACUAUGUGGUGCCAGCGGGAACCAUCAUCACCGGCAACCACUGGGGCAUUCACCGCGACGAGUCAUACUACGGUCCAAACGUCGAGGACUUCGACAUCGACCGCUGGCUCACUCCAGACGGCCAGACGAAAUCCAACAUGAAGUUUUUUCAGUAUGGGUUCGGCCGGAGAGUGUGUCCUGGCCAGCACGUUGCCAACAACUCUGUGCUCAUGAAUGCCGCCCUCCUUCUCUGGUCGUUUGAUAUUGGCAAGACGAUCGGUCCCGAUGGCAAGCCUAUCGACAUCGACACAUAUGCGUUCACCAACACGGCCAACAUCCACCCAUUGCCAUUCAAGGCCACUUUCACUCCGCGCAGCCAGCACUUGGCGGAGCUGAUCAAGGAAUCUCAUGCAUAA